AUGUUUCCUGACAACGAAAACCCUGCAAUUGAGCAACCAUUCUCUUUUAAAGAAGUAAAGAACUGCCUCAGGAGACUCAAGAGUGGGAAAUCACCAGGCUGCGACGGGAUUCCCAACGAACUUCUGAAAAAUCUUCGUACGAACUGGAUACUAUACAUCCAAGCUAUGUUCAACCACAUCUUAGAAAUCGGAGGAACACCAGUCUGCUGGUCUGAAGUCAUACUCACAAUGCUACAUAAAAAAGGCGACGUAAAUGAUCCCAAUAAUUUCAGAGGUAUCGCUCUGGUGAACUGUAUAGCAAAAGUUUUUACACAACUGGUUAACCAGAGACUUGUAUCCUGGGCUGCUGACAACAAUCUGAUACCGGAAGAGCAAGCUGGUUUUUUAAAGGGCCGUGGAUGCCAAGACAAUGUAUUAACACUGGAUACUGCUCUCCAAAUUUACCUACGACAAAAGGGCGCUUCGUGCUUCGGGCUAUUUGUUGACUUCCGUAGAGCUUUUGACUUCAUUCCCCAUCAUCUUCUUUGGCCCAAACUUCUUAGCAUCGGCCUCAGCAAGAAAAUUGUCAACAUCCUACGCUGCAUCUACGACAAAACAACACUACGAGUCAGAUCAAACGGGGAUUUCUCUAAACCUGUGGAAGUUACGACUGGGGUAUUCCAGGGUGAAACCCUGAGCCCCUUGUUAUUUAUUCUAUUCAUCUCUGAUAUAGUCUCCUUUUUCAGAGACAAAGGCCUAACCGGCCUGCAACUUAAUGGACUACGCGACCUUUUAAUGCUGCUGUAUGCCGACGACCUAGUCAUCCUGCUCAGAAGACAAAUGGAUGUACUUAAAGCACUAAGAGCCUUUGAGGAGUACUGCUCUAGGAACGGGCUAGAAGUAAAUGCGGAAAAAACCAAGCUCGUGCCAUUCUCCAAAAGUGGGUUCCGCAAGAAAUUUCCUAAAUCCUUUAUCUACAAGAAUUCUGCAGUUGAAGUUGUCAACUCAUACGUCUAUCUAGGAACAACGUUUACAACAACUGCUACUGGACGACGCGCUGCCUUGGAUGCCGUUAAAAAAUCCAAUGCAGCAUGUAGCGUCUCCCUCGGCAUACUGAUUAGACUGCAUGCGGACUCGUGGGCCGGGAAGCAAAAAAUCUAUGGUGCAAUUGUCCGAACAUCUCUUCUGUACCUAGCUGGAAUCUGGGGCCUUGAACAUCUUGAAACUAUCGAAAAAGCGCAAGUCGGCUUCUUCAAGAGGUUGCUCCAACUACCUCGGUGUACCCCAGAAUACGCCAUACGGCUAGAAACAUGA